CUGUUCCACGUAUUUCACCUAAAACUCACGAGAAGUUAGUCAGACUCUGGGUCUAAAGCAACCUGAAUGCUAUGAAGACACGACCGUGUGACAAUAUGUUGUUGGUUCUGGUUCUGAUUCUGGUUCAGAUGAGUCGAGUUCACUCUCAGGAUCCUCAAUGGCCGCUUCACACAGUCUGCGACUCUGAAAGAAUCACGGUGACCUACAGGAGCUGCGACCCUUUACAGGAUAUAGGUUUCACUCUCCUGCCUUGUCCUGAGAGGUUAACUGAUUUUAUAAAAAUCAGAUUGGCCUUGAUUCUGAGGCAGUCCAUCGAUGAGCUUUAUUCAUCAUAUGAGCUGUGGCUACACGGGCAAAACGAGCCUAUCUUGAAUCGGGACGAGCCCCUCUGUCUUCCUCAUUUCCCACGUUUCAAGUUUUGUGGAAGCAGGAGAGGAGAAAUCAUCACCGUUGAAUCAUCAUUUAAGUCAAAAACUAAUAUUCCUCUAAAGGCUAAUUUUGAUCUUAAACUACGUGCAAUAAAUCAAGAUGGCUUCCUGAUUGCCUGUGUGAAUGCAACGCUCAGCUUUCAUUGAUCCUUUAAGAGCAGAGGACCAGUGCUGCGGCUGUAAAAUCCAUUACAUUAUGUUCAUUAUAUUACAUAGUGUUGAACUCAGGUGUUGUUCUGAGGACACUAACUGGUGUUUCUUCAAUGUGAAUGUCAGCAUGUGUUUAGGAUUUUUGAUGCUUGUGGAUGAUUUUAUAGAUCGUUAACUUUUCUAAAACGAUAAAAAUCCAAUGAAAAAGAAAGAAAAGAAAAAAAGAAAGAAUUUUUACAUUGAAAAACUAUAUUUUAGUGCUUUUGCCAGUAAACGCAAAGUUAGGGAGCAUGCAACUGAACAGAACAGCACUUUGAUAUAUUUUUCCCAUUACAAUUUAUUGUCCAUCUCCACAUCCCUUACAGUAUAUUACAUGUGAUCUGUGAAUACCAUACCAUAUCUUUAUUAUGUUUUAUUUUCAAUCAAGCUGUAAUUUCCUCAAAUGAUGGAAAAAUUGUGAAAAAUAUUAUUAAAUUAUAUCAGUCAUUGCA